AAUAUGAUUAAUUGCACAGCCCUAAUGGAGAGCAUGGUGUCCUGUGUAUUUAAUGUAUGUGUCCCUCUCGGUUUCCGUAGCAACUGUCAGGCCUCUGGUACCACAACAGGACCAACCACCCUGACAUGUUUGCUAACCACACCCGGCAGCUCAAGACUCUGUGCCAGUGUGACGUCUGCUUCAAGUUCUUCCCCAGCGCUGCCAGUGUGGCCAAACACCAGGCAGCAGAGCACCAGGGCUCCACGGCUGCAAUGCUCACCUGUCCCUACUGCCCUGCUGUGCUGGGGGGGGAGGAGGAGCUGCAGGAGCACCUCAGCAGCCAGCACUUGGAGGCCUCCAGCUGCCCCUUCUGCUCCCUGCUCUGCUGCUCCCAGCUGGAGCUGCAGGAGCACCUGCUCUCCUGCCACAUGGAGGCUCAGGAGGAGCAGGGGGGGGAGGAGGAGCAGGAGUCCAGCUCCCACACUGUAAGCAUCAUUACAUCAACAAAAGGACUUUUGAAUAUCAGGUCAUGAGUUAAGUCAUUUAUAGAUAGGGUUGGGA